AUGGAGCCGGUGGAAGAGCAAGAGAAGCUGAAGGAGGUGGCGGACCAGACAACUGCGUCCUUGCCAACAACGGCGAACGAAAUCCAGGUCCUCGCAAAUGGCGAAGAUGAAUUGAGCGGGGCAUCGUCAUCUCCCACGCCCUCGAUUCCCGCCGCAGCCGAGGCUGCUGGCCUCCGGCAACGAGCUCCCUCUCGCCGCCCGCCCAGAUCUUCCUCGUCUUCAUCUUCCACAGCACGAUCUCGGCACAGCCGAGCCAGAAAGAACGAAGCAGAUGGCGGCGAGAAGAAGGGCCUAGGGACCCGGGUCGGGGGCGCGUUGGCGGACAGCGUCAAGUCAGUCGGAGCGCGCAUGUUUCUCAUGUGCAUCCUCCUCAUGGUGGGGCUCGCCAUUGCCGCCGUCACCGCAUUCGCGUUUUGUUGGGCCUUCUUCCCGGUGGCCACGGCGCCUAUCGCGGGCCAGCGCGCCAUCGCCUCGCUCGAGACCAUCACGCUCGGAGGAGUGGAGCAAAGCAUUCUCAUAAGGGCCGAAGAUGCCUCCAAUCCGAUCGUCCUCCUGUUGCACGGGGGACCGGGACUUCCGCUGAUGCCCUUCCGCUCUGGCUUUGCUGCACUGGAAAAGGACUUUGUCGUGGUCUACUGGGAUCAGUACGGCAGCGGCAAGAGUUGCGAGUGGUCCACCUUCUUGGUCUCUUCUUCAUCGUCAUCCUCGCCUGCCCCAGCGUGGCAGGAGCACGAUCACCAUCACCGUCAUGGCUCAUCUGAUACCGACGAACCGGCCGACAACGCUGCAGACGGCCAGCGCCAGGCCAGCGCCGGUCGCACCCCGUGCCGACGCUGCGGGGCGCACAGGUGGGACCGCUUCGGCGACUUUGAAGAGGACGAGCCCGCCGGACCCCAGCGCCGCAUCGACCUGGCCUCGACUCUGCAGGACACCGAGGAGCUGGUGAGCUAUCUGUGCCGUCGAUUCCACCAGCGCGCAGUGGCGCUGGUGGCCCACGACUCGGGCAGCGUGGUGGCCAUGCAAUUCGCGCGGCAGCACCCGGAGCUCGUUCGCUCGGUCUUCCUGGUGGCGCCGCUGAUCGACUUCGGCCGGCAGCACGCGACGGCGCUCGAGUGGGCGCUUGACAAGGCCCGACGCGAGCGGCAGUACGCACUCCUAUCGCAGCUCGAGGCCACCGGCGGCGGCGUGACGCUGCCGCUGGCCAACGCCACGCAGCUGCUCAAGCUGCGCCGAGCGGUGGCCGAGCUGGGCGGCGACAUGCGCCGGGGCGGGUUCGUGCUCAAGCUGCUGCACCACAUCUUCUCGGCCUCGGAGUACGGUGUGGGCGACAAGCUGACGCUCGUGCCCUGCGGCAUCCAGUCCGCGGCCCACCAGUUCAACGACCUGCGGCAGGUCAACCUCACCGAGCAGGUGCGCGCCGUGGACGUGCCCGUGGCGAUGGCCUGCGGCAAGUGGGACAGACUCGCGCCGUGCGCCUUGGUCGAAGAGUACCUCCACGCCCUGCGAACCACCGCCGCCGCCUCGGCCCCGGCUUCGUCUCCCUCAUCUGCUACAUCGACAGAGUCGCCUACGACGGCCCUGCCGCGUGUGCGCGACUUGGUCGUGUUUGCCCAGUCAGCGCACUGGCCGUUCAUCGAGGAGGGCGAGAUCUUCGUGGAACGGCUGCGCGAGCACUUGACCGUUCAGUAA